CAUUCACCUCCCGAAUGUUUGCGACGCAAACACUUUAGCUUUCGCGUUAGCUUCUUAGUUAAGUCGCUAACACGUUAGCAGCUAACUAACCCAGAUAGCAUGGGUUAGCGUCUCCCUUGCUCUGACAACUUUGUAAGCUAAAUGCGCAUUUUGGGGGGAAUUAUGACGAUAAACACCACCGCGCGCACGUUGUUCGUGUUUUCUGGCCAAUGACGCAAGAAAAGGUUUGUCGCGUUUGAAGAGCCGUUUUUGGUUUCCCUAAAACAGCUCCGGCCCGGGCCGCAGUCCGCGGUCUCGAGUUUGACGUCGGGCUGACGACGCGCAGGCUCGACGGUGUGCGGCCGCCAGUGACUCCCGGGUACCCCCCCACGCCGCAGACAGCAGCAUCAUGGGAGACAGUCGAGAUUCACGGAGUCCGGACAGUUCGUCAGUGUCGUCCCCUCCGUCAGGCCAGCGCUCGCCUCCUGUAGUACCGGCGGCGGCCUCGAUGACCUCCUUGCCUCCCAACUCCAGCACCGGCGUCAACAGCCCCAUCAGUAGCAUCGGUUCCCCUUUUUCGGUUAUCAGCUCCUCGCUGGGCUCCCCCUGCCUGCCAGGGACACCGUCGGUCGGCUACGGUCCCAUUAGUAGUCCGCAAAUCAACUCCACAGUUUCCAUGUCUGGACUUCACACGGUGAGCAGCUCAGAUGAUGUCAAACCUCCGAUAGGCCUGAAGCUGUCGGCGCACAGCCCGGGCCCAAUGCUUUCGCAGAAACGUCUUUGUUCCAUCUGUGGUGACCGAUCCUCUGGAAAGCACUAUGGCGUGUACAGCUGCGAGGGCUGCAAAGGCUUCUUCAAGCGGACGGUGCGCAAAGACCUGACCUACACCUGUCGGGACAACAAGGACUGCAUGGUGGACAAGAGGCAGAGGAACCGCUGCCAAUAUUGCCGCUACCAGAAGUGCCUGGCCAUGGGCAUGAAGAGAGAAGCUGUUCAAGAAGAGCGCCAGAGGAACAAGGAACGCGAGGGCGAGGUGGAGUCCACCAGCGUGGUCAACGAGGACAUGCCAGUGGAGAAGAUUUUGGAGGCAGAGAUGGCCGUGGAACAGAAGACGGAGCUUCAUGCCGACGGAAGCUCGGGAGGAAGCUCUCCCAACGACCCCGUCACCAACAUUUGCCAGGCAGCGGACAAGCAGCUCUUCACCUUGGUGGAGUGGGCCAAGAGGAUCCCCCAUUUCUCGGAGCUGGCCCUCGACGAUCAGGUUAUCUUGCUACGCGCAGGUUGGAAUGAGCUACUGAUCGCCUCCUUCUCCCACCGCUCCAUCUCGGUGAAGGAUGGAAUCUUACUGGCCACCGGCCUCCACGUGCACCGGAACAGUGCUCACAGCGCCGGUGUCGGGGCCAUCUUUGACAGGGCGCACAAUGCUGAGGUUGGGGCCAUAUUUGACAGGGUUUUGACGGAGCUGGUGAGCAAGAUGAGAGACAUGCAGAUGGACAAGACUGAGCUGGGCUGUCUGCGCGCCAUCAUCCUCUUCAAUCCAGAUGCCAAGGGCCUGUCCAACCCCAACGAGGUGGAGGUGCUGAGAGAAAGGGUGUACGCGUCUCUGGAGACUUACUGCAAGCAGAAGUACCCCGAGCAGCAGGGCAGGUUUGCCAAGCUCCUCCUGAGGCUGCCGGCGCUGCGCUCCAUCGGCCUCAAGUGCCUGGAGCACCUGUUCUUCUUCAAGCUGAUCGGCGACACGCCCAUCGACACUUUUCUCAUGGAGAUGCUGGAGGCGCCUCACCAGCUCACCUAGUCCAGCCGGCCGCCGCUGCGGAGGCCGCCUCGCACGCCCGGGAACUGCCGCCCGCAGUCCGGCUCGUCGGGCUUCACUCUGCUCAAUGGCAGCACCCAGCAGGGCUUCGAGUCGGCCCUCGCACUCGUGCACACGCACACACAUCUGCGGUUUACCCCCUCUGCAUUACGGACAGAUUGAAUUUAGAGCGGCGGCGUGGUUUGAAAAAUACACUCGUGCCAGCGUCUUUCUUGUACCGCCUCUUCUCAACCACAUACGCAGCCGACUAUGCACAUGCAUAAAAAAAAAAAAAGAUGUACACACACACAGAAACCUAUAUAUAUAUAAAAAGUGUGUGUCUAUGCACAGGUAUGAGUGGUAAAUGUCUUAAUCAUCUCAGAGCGCCUGUGUAUCGUGGAUCCGCGGAGUUCACGGAUGGUUUCUGGCUUCCAAUCAGGCGCCUCGCGUUCCAAUCAGCUGGUCGCCAUCACACCAGCGUGUCUCCUUAUUGACGUCAUCCUAAAAUGUAUGAUACACAUGCUUUGUAUUUCCACGAUCAUGCCGGAACGAGUUUGGGGUUUCUAUCUUUGAAGUACUGUACUCAUGAAAUGAGAGCUUUUUUUCCCCUCCCCCAAGGCAUUGAAAUCCCGGAAGGGUCUGGGAGCACUUUGAAUGAUUCUUAACGUUGUCCUCCCAUCCUUGAUGUGCGUACAGUGGGCUUUGUAAGACAAAAAGAAUGACUUGAAUUUCUCGUGGCUUUGUUUCUUUGUGCGUUGACCCUGUUUUCUUGUCUGUCCUGGCAGUCGCUUGGCAGUUUGGCGAGCUUGGGGGAGUCGAGUGCUUCACGCCGGGCGGGCUCACUUUCUCGUUUUACCGCCACGACGUCGUCCUUAAUGCACUUUUGUGAGUCGUACCUGUGCGAACGUUUCCUCCGAAGGGCCGCUGUUCUCUAAGACAAGGUACUUGGUGGUGGCUUUCUCCUCCUUCCUCGCUGCCGUGUUGGGUCCGAUCAUUCGGGUUCGGUCAGGAAAAUGUAAACCUGUUCCUGUUGAGUGGGCGGGCCGAGCGCGAUGUGAUGCUGAGCAAGGACGAUAAUAUUUUUUGGGGGGGGCGGGGGCCUGUGAAAUGAGCUUGGUACGCAUAAUAGUGGCCAUAGAGUGAAAAAAGUAUAGAUGAUUGGACGAUGUAAUAUUGCAAUCUUUUAUGCCACUCCCGCCCUCCUCCGAUUGAUGACAUCACUGGUCGGCAUUAGACAAAGGCAGUGAGGGACCGGCGUUGCCUCGAAUUUAGGAUGCGAAUGACUUCUGUGUGACUGACUACCUGACACUUUUCCACAUGAGAUGUGUAAAUAUUAGGACUUGAAACUCACAAGCAUCCUGCUCAUUGGGUUUUUCCCACCUAACAUCUAAAACAGUUGCUUUUGUUUUGCUUUUUUUGCCCCAGUCAAAUCAACGACCGUGCCCAAACUGCAACCUUUGCACCCGCGACCUUGAUUGGCACUUGACUUUUACUGUGAUUCGCAACCAAGCGCAGCUCCAAACUUGACCAGUAGUGUUUGAACAGGACUGCUCUGGAUUGAUGAUUGUGAGCCUUUCACCAGUCAGAAAUUUUUUGAAGUGUUGUUGUUGUUUUUUUCCUUUCUCCUUAAGCAGUGGCUCAAUGUCUAACAAGGUCUUGCACAUUCAUACCAAUGUAAUCACUGCACAGUAUGCAAGCAUGCAGUCAGGUCAGGCAGUGAGACGGGCGCUGAAAGCGGAUAAUGUGGCCUAUUAGAGACUUCAAAUGCAUCCUCUUAAAGAGGACUUGUGUGCUUUUGUGACUUGGAGGCCAGGCCCCCCGCCCCCUCCCCCCUCCCGUGAGGUGACCUGUGAGACAGGUGACUGAAUUUUUUCAGUGUUUGGCUUUUCUCUUCUGGCAUGCGCAGGGUGCAGGGGUGGGCAAACUACAUGUGGCCCGCUUUGUUCUUUCGGUGCAUUUGAAUUAAAAAAAAAUAUAUUGAAACGUCUUAAUAAAUGUGUUUUUUUAGUCGAUCUCAUUGAAGUUUUUUUAAAAAUGGAUUUUGAACCAUUUUGCCAGUUUUUUAAGUCUGAUUAUGAAUGUAUCUCUUCAUACAUUAUCAUUUCCAUUAAUGACAAAUACAAUAAAACGAGCUUGAAUUAUUUUAUUGAAAUGAACACUUUUAUUUGUUGUUAAUUUAGACGCCCUCUUAGGUAAAAUCCAUUCAUAAAUUCAUUUUUGUCCAAUAAUAUUUUAUCUGACUAAAUCAUUAGUUUGAUUUAUUGUAAAUAGUCAUGGAAAAACAGGUUUAGUUAUUAAAAUACUAUUUUAUAUCCUUUUUUUUUUAAACCUCCUUGCCCUUCUCUUCAAUUUCAAAAAUAAAUGUGGCCCUUGAGCACAGAAGGUUACCCACCCCUGCUUUAGAGGGUUAUUAAUUUAUAUAUGUUUAAAAAAAUGCUCUUCUUGGAGGCAGACCCCAAAAAUUUGAUUUUUAACGCGGCAAGACGGACGCUCUUUUGUACAGGCCGUUUGUUGGCCUUAACUGCUGAGCCUCCAUGAUAAUUAGGACUCGACCAAAUAAAUGCAACCUGGACUUUUAUCAAAAGAUUAAUUGAGCCACUGAGAAAUAAUGUGGGAACUCAAUUUAUGUUGGUUUGCAGAAGUUUUGUAGCUGAUUUGACAAUUCAGUGAUUAGCUUGUCCAAAAAUUGUGUCUUUCCUCAGAUUUUGUCCUCUACAGUUUUAUAUGUCGGACCUGCUCAGUGUCGUCUUAAGUUGCCUGAAAGAAGGAGGAGGGGGUUGUGCAAUAGUGUUUGAAUUCCAAACAUCUUUCAAUAUUUCAUGAAAAAAAAAGACAAAAUAAGGUUAACCCUCAUAUGCAAAAAUUAGAACCUUGAUUCAAACCAGCAGCCAUUUCUGCACUUAAAAAUGACCAAAAAGCAGCUCGCUAGCCCGCUCUGGUUCUCAGUGGCUCAAUUGUGCUCUGUUACAUAAGUGCGUCUCAUCCCCGAGUCCCCCGCGCUUACUGAAGCUUCUCCCACUGCGUUGAGGUGCGUUUCCGUUCUUCCAGAUUGCGUCGAAGUUUAAUGCAGUGUCCCGACUGUGAUACGAGGCAGAGCGAGUUCAUCUCUGGGUGAAUAUGAAGGCAUGACGUAGGCGAGCUUGACGGCUUUAUUGGUACAGUGCGGCCCUCAGCUUUCAUCCCUUUGGCCUCUGCUGCUUUUUAAUUACAUGAAAGAACCCUCCAAUGAAGUGUGUGCGAAAGACACAGUUCAUCCGCACGCUUGUAUGUUUUUUCUUUUUUUGGUGGCGGGGGAAGACUCUUUCCUCUUGUGUUGGUGGCAGAGAAGCCGGCUCUCACUUGACUCGUAGGCUGGAGGCGUUGACAGUGUAGCCAAGGUAUUUAAAUUGGAGAACUCUUACCAUCUUGACGGUUUUGGCUGUCACUUCAGCCUUCGUCUAAGCUGUAACUGCUUCCUUGUGACGUGUCAAAAAACAAAAACAGGUGACCCGGUCGGUGGGUAAACCUUCAAAAUAAGCCUCCCGGUCAAGGCUGUGAACCAGCCAUUGUAGAGGCAUGCACAAGGCCUCUGAGUCACGUCAUCUGUUUGUUUGACAUCCUCACAUUUGAGUCGGGGUGUGUUGACUUUUUAUAUCCACUGUAGGACCGACAUUUGUAGUCCAUCCAUGGUGCUUAACCCGCAGUGUGUUUGUGCUCCCGCCCCGCACUGCACCUUUUUGUGUGUCAGGCUCGCGCCACACCACGGGCGCAGAAGCACUUUCUUCCCUGUGAGAGGGUGAGAGUGGGUCCAGAAGGCCGCUUUGUCCUCAUGUGGACAAUUUGGUGGGAGGGGUCGCUUUGUUUUAGGAGGUCAAGGCUACGUCGGCGUGUGUUUUGAAGGUCAACUAAAGAAAGAACCAGGAAAAAACAAACAAAACUAAUUUCCCCCUUAGAGCGAGAUGCUUCAUGAAUUGUUUACUCGUUGCUCAAAGAACGAAGAAUUGAAAUUCACUCUUUGUGUUAUUUCCCAUCUUCAAUCUCUUGCGCUUCCAGCCUUAUGUUUAUUACAAAGUAUUAAAUGCAUCGAUUGUCCAAUCUGAAUGGAACCUGUCCCUCUUGUUUUACGUCUGUUCUCCAUUCUGUCCUCGUGACUGUUGUGUGCUUUGGAGAGUUAAAAGAAGAGAAAAUAUGAAAUAUUGCUCAGUUGUGUUUUUUUUUUUCUUCUCCUCCCAGUCAUUAAUUCUGACUCUUGUUUCUGUUUGUUGUAUCAUGUCCGAGUAAAGCUUUUAAUACUGUA